CCCCCGGUCACCGGAUCACACGGCAGCAGCUGGUCCCAGGUGCUAUUUUCACUCUGCGUUUAUAACGUGAUGGGCAGCAGCCGGCCGUGCCAUGGAACAGACAGAGAUCCGAUCCCCUGCCUCAGACACCCGGCCAGGGUCACCAUGAAGUCCACAGGGAGCAAACAGGGUGCCGCGGCGGACGGUUUCCACUCCCGCCUGGAGGACCUGGAUAGCAGCAGCGAGGAGAGCUCUGACAGCAAGUCGACGGGAGGCGGCAGUCCCCAGAGAGGGGGCCGGGAGGGGGCCGGGCAGAGCGAGAGGCGGGGCGGCGGCCGCAGGCGCCUGCUGGGCAUCAGUAAACAGAGGCAGGCGGCCAACGCGCGGGAGCGGGACAGGACCCACAGCGUCAACACGGCGUUCACCGCCCUGCGCACCCUCAUUCCCACGGAACCGGCCGACAGGAAACUGUCCAAGAUCGAGACACUGCGCCUGGCGUCCAGCUACAUUUCUCACCUGGCCAAUGUGCUGCUGCUGGGGGACGAGUGCGCGGACGGACAGCCCUGUCUCAGGUACCACGCCAUCCUGCAGAGCUCCAACACCAUCAGUGGCCCCUCGGGGCUCAGGCCCAUAUGCACUUUCUGUCUCAGCAACCAGAGAAAAAUGCUCAGAGAUGGAGAAAAGCACGCAGCCAUCUAACAUGGGCACGCACUUCUGUCAAGACAAGGAUGCAAGAAGGAUGCAUACUGAGUCACAUUAAUGUUUACAUGUAGAGAUACCUACAACAACAAGUGUAAAGUUGUGUGUGUGU